AGCCUUUUCCAUCGCUUCGUGCGCCGACCAAUCAGCGGUCUUCGCGCGGAAUUUCGAACUCUAUUCAAACCCGUAGUCGUUAUUAGCUACGCGGUGUUCUUCCGCCUGCAUGAAAGAAACAAAAUAGUUCCUCGCACUAGUACACAACCCGCGCACGGUUUGAGUCGAAUAUUUAAAUAUGUAUAACAUUACAUCGUAUGUAUCUGCGUUGUGUUUUAAGUAUGAUUAAAAGACGUAGGUGUAGCUACGUUGUUUGUUGUUUUGGCGGAGUGAUAUGGAUCGUGCGCUGAGCCCCGGCACACGGUGUGCACUCGUCAGAGUAAACCAGUCAGCGUUAGCCGAGGCUAAUGUCGCCUCGGUGUUUGUGUAGGUCGCGUUUUUAAGUUAUCGAUGGAAUAGGUUUCAACUUGAAGAUUUGUUUUUUAACUCAGGUAAGUAAGGAAAAUGCCUUUGCUCGGUAAAAUCGUGGUGAUAAAGAGAAACGGGACGGAUGGAACCGAGUUUCCGCUCACAGCGUCCUGUCUGUUCGGGAGGAAGCUCGACUGCGAUAUCCGGAUCCAGAUGCCACAGGUGUCCAAAGAACAAUGCAGAAUCGAGCUCAACGAGAACAAAGAGCUUAUUUUGACCAACCUGAGCUCGGUGAAUCCGACUCUCAUCAACGGUGAGACUCUGCAGCAGUCCGAGCGUUUGAAGCACGGAGAUCUAAUCACAAUUAUCGAUCGUUCUUUCAGGUUCGAGUAUCCGCCUGCGCAGACUCCGAAGAAAAAGCACUUAUCCACACCCGGUAAAGGAGAAACUGUCAAGGUCCUGCAAGACCAGCAGGUGAAGAGCACACCCGGAAGUACGGAGAAAAAGAAGUCAGAGCAUGCCAAAGACACCUGCUUGAAAGAUGGCUCCAACCUGCCUGCCUGUCCGGGCCAGAGUGUUGGAGAUCAGAGCACUGCGAGCACAGACAGCACCUUGUCUCCCUUCUCUGACCUUUACAACAUGGUCAAGCGAGAUCUGUCCACCAAACCCGUGUGGAAAUCUGCCAGUGUGUCCAAUACCCCUCUCUCGAAACAGGAACUCGAGAAGGUUUCAAGCGAGAAUGAGAAGCCGGCGACGCCGAAGUCGGCGCAGAAGAAGAGAAGAUCCUCAACCGCUCGAGCAGAGAACCUGCCUGCUCAGGUGAAGACGGCCACGCCUGUUGUUCAGGGAGAACAGAAGAGGUGCUCGGAGGGCGUCGGGACGCCCGUACCUCAGAAGAAAACCCCCCAGACGACGCCACAGAAGUUCACCACUGACCAGGUGGCCCAGCAAAUCGCCUUCGAGAGUCCGAGUACCAAGUCUCCGAGAGCCAGAAGGAGCAGCGCUUCUCAAACCCCGGAGAACCGGACCACUACCCAGAAUCCCUCAGAACCAACAGAGGCCGAAGAGGCCAAAGUGAAACAGGCCACCAGGACAUCUCCGCGAGCAAGUGCAGGAAAACGCUUUCAAGUCCAGGACGUGUCGCAGGAGGUUGUAGCCACGCCCACUUCUGAUGACACAGGUAACGACCAGAAGUCCAGUAAGAAGCACAAACGUGACGACCUGCCCCUUCCUGCAGCCAAGAGAAAACGGGUGUCCUUUGGCGGACAGCUGAGCCCUGAACUGUUCGACAAACGUUUACCGCCUGAUUCCCCCCUACGCCGAGGGGCAACCCCUUGGAGACGCAGCUUGGGGUUCUCUCAGAAAUCUCACUCUCUACUCAGACGAGCCUCCACCAUUGGCCUGAUGGGUUACCAGCUUGAAGAGGAUCUUGCAGAGAGCCCUGCCAGGAGCGCUUCACCUAAACGGGCAGCUUCCCCUGCCAAGACUCUGAAGAAGACUCCUUCCCCUGCCAAGACUCUGAAGAAGACUCCUUCCCCUGCCAAGACUCUGAAGAAGACUCCUUCCCCUGCCAAGACUCUGAAGAAGACUCCUUCCCCCGCCAAGACUCUGAAGAAGACUCCUUCCCCUGCCAAGACUCUGAAGAAGACUCCUUCCCCUGCCAAGACUGUGAAGAAGACUCCUUCCCCUGCCAAGACUGUGAAGAAGACUCCUUCCCCUGCCAAGACUCUGAAGAAGACUCCUUCCCCUGCCAAGAAGUCUCCAAGUCCAAAGGCUAAAACCCCGUCUCCUAAAAAUUCCAAGACCCCUCCACCUCCUUCAAACCCAUCAACUCCAGCAUCCUCAAGGAGGCUCUCCAACGCUUCUGCGAAGUUGCGAUCUUCUAGCGAAGAGUCCCUUCUCAAGACCCCUACGAUGCAUGGGCGAUUUUCGGUUUCCCGAAUCAGCACCCCGUCGCCCAUCCCUGAUCCUCAGAAAGAAACGAAGGAAGAACCUGUACAUGUAGAAGAAGCGCCUCGGGUACGUGCAACCCCGAGGGCCACGCUGAGAAGGAGCAGCAUGAAGGCGUCGGCUCGGAAGAGCGUGCUGAAGAGCGCGCUCGAUGUUGUGCGAUCACGGCGCAGCGGAGCUUCACGUGCUAAUUUAAAAGUCGUCAGUUCUUGGGCCGACAUCGUGAAGUUUGGACAGGCCAGACCUCAAAUGGAAGGAGACGCUAAGAAAACGACAACCAAGAGAACGGCAGUCAAGCACGCUAAAGCGAAUAAACCCAAGACGCCUGCACACCGACUGAAAGAUCACACGAGUACCGGACAUGCGGAUUCUCCAGCCAGUAUAGUCGUAGGCAAAGCCUACUUACGAUCUACUCGACUUGUUGGUGCUGCCCCUAAAGUAGUAUGCAACGUCGCCCUGUUUAAAAAGGAUAUGAAAAUGGAUGAAGAUCUUACCGGGCUAUCCGAUAUCUUCAAAACUCCGGCUAACAGUAGACGGAAGAGUGCUUUUAUAAAGCCUAGCGAGUGUCCAGCAACACCGCUUGGUGUUGAAAUGACUGAAACGUCAGUAAUGAAUACUCCUGAGGAAUCUGGUGAAAUGGUGGUGUCUCCUAUGAGCGUCGCUUCCAGUGCCGGACCUGCGCGCUACAACGCUGAAGCUGUAACCAGACUCCUCCAGGACGACCAAGGCGGAAGCGUAAUUGAAGAAAAGGAUGACUCGGCUGCCCUUCCUCCAUCCGACGUAUCCGUGGCAUUAGAUAUGUCCAGUGAAGGUCAACCCAAGAACAAGAAAGCCACGCCAGUCCAAACACCACAACGCAAACCAGAACAGGCAGAAUGUCUAACAGGAGUCAAACGACUCAUGAGAACGCCUAAGCAGAAAGCCGAGCCUGUAGAAGACCUUCGAGGCAAGUUACUCAAGACGCCCAAAGAGCCGUAUCCACCCCAGGAAGAGAGUUUGGAAGGCGUUAAAGAACUCCUCGAUACCCCUGUACGAAAGGGAACUCUCUUAGAAGACGACAUGGCUGGGGUAAAGAAGUUGACGAAGACUCCAAAAGUUAUAAACAGUCCUGUAGUGUGUGCUGUAGCCUUGAAGAGACUUGUCAAGACCCCGAAGGAUAAGACUGAGCGAGAGGAGGACUUUACUGGAGUAAAACGAUUGAUGAAGACUCCCAGGCAGAAGAAACAGCAGGUUGAGGAAGAUCUGACAGGAGUUCAGGAGAUGAUGCAAACUCCCCAGCAGAAGAAACAGCCGGUAGAGGAAGAUCUGACGGGAGUUCAGGAGAUGAUGAAAACUCCCCAGCAGAAGAAACAGCCAGUUGAGGAAGAUCUGACGGGAGUUCUGGAGAUGACGAAAACUCCCCAGCAGAAGAAACAGCCAGUUGAGGAAGAUCUGACGGGAGUUCAGGAGAUGACGAAAACUCCCCAGCAGAAGAAACAGCUGGUUCAAGAAGACUUAGGCAUUCAGCAGAUGAUGAAAACUCCUAAGCAGAAGAAACAGCCAAUUGAGGAAGAUCUGACGGGAGUUCAGGAGAUGAUGAAAACUCCCCAGCAGAAGAAACAGCUGGUUCAAGAAGACUUAGGCAUUCAGCAGAUGAUGAAAACUCCUAAGCAGAAGAAACAGCCAAUUGAGGAAGAUCUGACGGGAGUUCAGGAGAUUAUUAAAACUCCCCAGCAGAAGAAACAGCCAGUUGAGGAAGAUCUGACUGGAGUUCUGGAGAUGAUGAAAACUCCCCAGCAGAAGAAACAGCCGGUUGAGGAAGAUCUGAUGGGAGUUCAGGAGAUUAUUAAAACUCCCCAGCAGAAGAAACAGCUGGUUGAGGAAGAUCUGACAGUUGUUCAGCAGAUGAUGAAAACUCCUAAGCAGAAGAAACAGCCAGUUGAGGAAGAUCUGAUGGGAGUUCAGCAGAUGAUGAAAACUCCAAAGCAGAAGAGCCAACUGGUUGAAGAUCUGGUUGGUGUGAAGCGCUUGCUUCAGACCCCCAAGGAGAAAGGGGAGCCAGUGGAAAAUGACUUUGGAAUUGAUCAUUUGAUGAAGACUCCCAAGCAGAAAAGAGAUGAAGCGGUGCUGGGUUCCACCAUGGAUGCAGAGUUCAAGUCCAUGAGUUCUGGUGUUUUGCUUUUGGAAGAUGCCAGUGAGGAAUCUGAAGAGAAGGAAAAUAUCUGCCCGGUCGAAGAUGUGAAAAAUGAUGGAGAAGCAGCUGUUGGUCUACAGAUUGAGACGGAAGAAGGAGAAACUUCUUGCCAGGAGGUGGAAGCGUCUGUAGCUUCUCCCGAGCAAGAGGAGCAGUCGAACAGAUCCUCACCUGAUAAAAAGACCAGGCUUGGUGCUCAAGUAAGAACUGCACGGAGAUCCCAGAAGAGUCAAGAACGUCAGGUGGAUUCGGAUUCUCUGUCUGGUACGGUUGCAGGAUCUGAGGAGGAAACCAGCGCUGGUUCUGCAAAGUCUGUUCCUUGUGUGCGAGUAAGGAGAGGCAAGUCAGCCGUUGACCACCUCGAGGACGUUCCUGUACAAACUCCUGAUAGAAAAUAUACCAGAGGAAAAAUCCCCAAGGAGCAAGCCGAGGCUCAGAAACCAGCUCGUGCCUCUGCAGAGGCACUUAAACCCAGGAGAGGAAGGAAAGCCGAACGAGAUGUCAGUCCUGUUGUUGACUUGACUGCUUCCGCAGAGGUGGAAGACUCCGUGAAGACACCGGCUCCUGCUAGAACCAAGAGAGGAAGGAAAGAAAAACACGAACCGGAGAAUCCACGAAAGCCGGAAGCCUCGGUUGAGGAGGUUGGGGUGGCGUCGGAGAGUGCUGAACUUCAGCCGUCAGAAGAGACCGAGCCUCCUGUUAAGUCCAACACCAGAGCAAGGAGAGGCAGGACAACAAAGAAGGAACCAACAACGGCUGCAGAAGUUGAGGAAUCCUCAGACGCCGUAGCAGAGGUAGAAGCCGUCGUACUAGAGAGUUCUAAAAUCAAAUCCGCCGUGAAAACCAGGAGAGGCAGGCUGACAAAGAAGGAAAUGCUGAAGACCUCGCAAUUGGAGGAGUCUUGUGAACCCACCCUGACUGUCAUGGAGUCGGACGUUAAGAGCUUGGAUGCCGUCGUCGUCAUCGAGCCCAAAUUACCAGCGAUUACAGAAGAUCAAUCGGCAGCAGAAACUGUUCAAGCCAACUCAAAACCGAGGAGAGGCAGGGCAGCAAAGAAGGAAACUCCACAAGCUGAGGACACCUCUAAACCCACUUUGGAUCCUGAGGUGCCGCCUGAAGAGCGCACUCGAAUGCCUGUUGUGAAGUCUAGACGAGGAAGGAGCGCGAAUCCAGGGGCUUUGAUCAACCAGGGAGCGGCCGAUGAAUCCAACGUUGAACCUCCUGCAGUUGAAGCUGAGCCUAAACCAGAAGCUCCAGCAGUCAGGUCUGGCCGAGGUGCUGGAAACAAGCAGGUAAAGCCGCAGGUAGAGGACGGAGCUAAUGGUCCUUCUACGGAAACCAGUGCAGCAGCUGCUGUGGCGGAAGAACCAGCGAUGAAAAACGUCAGAGGAGGCAGGAGGACAAAACAGCCCAAAGCUCAGGUUUUAGAUGAUUCUCAGGACUCAGAAACCAUCCAGCAGUUGGAGGCCCCUGCAGCCAGGUCAUCCAGAGGAAAGCGCACAGCUGCUGUCAAGGAUGAACCAGACGCGCUGGUUAAAAGAGGGCGUCGCGGAGCUACUGUCGAAGCUCCUCCAGUUGUCAAGCCUAGCCGUGGUAGAAAAGCAGUGACAAAAUCUGAGCCAGAGGAAGUCUCAGAAGGUUCCACAUCAGUGGUGGGACCAAUCGAAGUGACCAGCAAUGAAACAAAGGUACCAGGGUCUGCGACUGAAGAAACGCCACUUUCAGAGGCAGACUCUAAGGCAGCAGCUAAGAGAGGAAGAGGGAGAAUCGCCAAGAAAGCCAAGGUCUCCACCAAGGACACCUCGGUCAGAGAAGCUGAAGAAGCAGCAGCUGAGGAAGAGCCUCAACAGAAGAUGUCCAGGAAGAAAAAUGAACCAGCAGCCAAAGACGAUGCAGAGACUAAGCAGUUGGUACAUCCGUCAGUCAAAGGGCGCAAAGGCAGAGGGGCAAAGGAACAAGAAGAACCGGAAAAGGAGAAGCCAGCUGCUGAAGAAAGCAUCCAACCAGUCAGGAGAGGAAGAGCGGCCGCUUCAGUAGGGUUAGAAGUAGCUGCCAGGCAGAAAAGGGGGCAGAAAAGGAGGGACCUGGAGGUUGAAGGUGACAAAAUUCCAGAUACGGAGUCCUUACCGAAGAAGAAAAGGGGCAAAGGAGCAGGUGCAGAAGCUCAAACAGAUUCAGCAGCUGCACCAGGCAGAGGGAGGAGGACGGCUGCAAAGGAGGCAGAAGAAACUUCUGUAGUGGAAGCAGAAGGAGCUCCUAAGAAUGAAGAAAAACCCGUCAGAGGUCGGAGAAAAGCAGCUCCGGAAGAUGUUCCACCUCAGGCUGAGGAUCCCAUCUCGGAGAGAACCACUCGCCGAGGAACCAGAGGUGAGAAGAAAGCCGAGACGGACGUCGCUUCUGCUCCUGCGAGACGGACGAGAAGGAAAUAAAGCACCGCUGUUGAGAUGAUGUAAAUAAUUCGCUAGUGUUAGGGGGUUUUAUAUAUCGAGACCGUUUAAUUAUCGUGGUGACUUUUGUACCGACUUGGGGGGGUGUUUUUUUUUAUUUUUUAUUUUUAUACAAUUCUUGUAAUUGUUUAACAAAAAAUAUUUUCAGAUUUAUUUUUUUAAAGCUCAAAACAUUUGGGGCAUUAAUGCAUAUUUUCCCCGCUCCUUUGUAGUCGGGGGAGUUCCUUUUAUGUACUUGUGUCCAUCAUAUGCUUUGCUUUUUUUAAAUAAUCUACAUAUUUUAAGCAUUGUUUGUAUUUGUAACUUGACCAAAAAAAAUCCUGAUAAUAAACAGUCUGAGGAUUGGAAAAUGAGUGUCAUCCAUUUU